AUGAAAGUAAUAUUAAUAACGCUAUUUCUAAAUUAUGAAUUGUUCGUCUGUAAAAUUGUCCAUAAGAAAAUCUUAAACCACACAUUUCUGACAAGAAACCUACACAAAUCACUAAAGGAGAUCGACACCCUCCUCCGUGGAGUACAGAAAGAGAUAAGGAGAGAGAGGAAGAUCCUCAAAUCACAAAUCGAUUAUGAAAACACUCCGAUCCCAGAAGACAGUAAUUUUCUAAGUUAUGACGUCACAGAUAUGUUUUGGGGCGAGACCGGAGUAAAAGGCGUAACACAUGAGGAUGUGACAUCUACUUUUUUGCCAACACUAUCGACACCACCCCGUACUACCGAAGAAGAAUAUGUAGAAGAAGAGAUUGUCGAGACUGAUCUGACGCCACCGACCACAGUGCCGCCCUACACCUUUAACACUAACUACCCUGGAUACCCCUACGAACCUCCCCCUUUCAACCCCGUACUCUAUCCUGAUACUACGGAACCGACCCCCCGAAACCAGACUUUCGAUAUACCAAUAACGCCGCCAAACUUUGGCAAUAUGACAAAAGACGAGGCAGAAGAAGCACCGCCCUACACUAUCAGCUCCGACUACCCUGGAUACCCGGUGCAGACACGAAACGACUCAUUUGAUUUGGUUGUAACACCACCAACCUUUGGCAAAUUGACACGAAGUUUAAUAGACGAUUUCAAUAAAUAUUUUGGGUUCAUCAGCCAAAGUAAUAAGCCACCAGGUCUUUACACAAUUAUACCUACGACUUCAAGGUAUCCUCCUUUGACAACUACACCUUCAACUUUGAGAACUACAAAACAACUUUCAAAGUAUUUAGUGCGUAAUGUCCAAAAACAUAAUUUUGAAUCCGGUGUUCCGGUGUCAGGGAAAAACGUGGAUAAUUUUGUAAACUGGUUCAGCCAAGCGACCGCCACUACGCCUGUUCAGAGGUGGACUACGAAGUCGCUCUGGGCCGGGCUUACUGCCAUGCCACAGUCACUACGUCCUUUGUCCAAAUCGCAAUUGUGGGCCCAACAACAACAAAUGAAGAAUUCUGCUACUCCAGUACACAGAGAAGGUCCUUUGACUCCUCCAGUGUCUCCUCUACCACCUACGGACUACCAAUUAUCUGCUGCUGCAGCAGAAAUGGGAAGAGUUACAUCACAGACACGCGGUUUUGAAGUUUUCGGAACACUAGACCGCAAUCCACUGACCAGCACAUCUGUAAGUUUGGGACCACAGGACCACACAGGGAUCGUAUUUGGAGGUAUUGGAACAAAAACCACGACGCAGGUGCCAUCUGCGAGAAAUGUUUACUACAAGAUGAUGGAAGAACAAAACGAAGGAUAUUUGGUUAUCUUCCUACAACAAAUAUUAAGGAUUACUUCUCUGAAGGAUGAGAAACUUGUCAAGAAUGUGUUGGAGGAAGUAGAACUACAUGUGGGAACUUAG